AUGGAAAGGUUCAGGCCACUUCCCCAGCUUACAGGUGACAACUACGCAUACUGGAAGGCUCGAACAAGAACUCAUCUUAAAGCUCAAGGAGAUCAGAUUUGGCGGGCAAUACUGACUGGUUGGACACCACCUACAAAACCUGGAGAAAAAGACGGUGAUCCACCAGUGAUAAAACCUGAAACCGAGAGAACUCAAGCUGAAAUUAUCACUGCUGGAUAUAACGAUAAGGCUCUUGACACAAUCUAUUCCUUAAUGCAUGAAAAUCAAUUUUCGUUGGUUACAGGUAUUGAUUGUGCAAAAACUGCGUGGGAAAUACUCGAAACCACCUAUGAAGGUACGAGUUCAGUCAAACAAUCAAAGCUUCAGCUGGUAAAGACUGAAUUUGAAGAACUACGUAUGAACGAUGACGAAGAUAUUGCGAGUUUUCACGAACGCAUACAAGAGUUAGCUAAUCGAGCAACAAUUCUUGGAAAACCUUUCUCCCAACAAAAACUUGUCAAAAAAAUCCUAAGAUCUUUACCUCCGAGAUUCAGGAUGAAGGUAACCGCUAUUCAAGAACAUGAUGGCUGGGAGAACAAAUCAGUGGCUCAACUAAUGGGCAAUCUUCGAACCUACGAAAUGGAAAUUCUUACUGAUCACACCAAAAAACAAAAGACAGUUGCAUUUGUCGUUGAAGAACAUGAUGAUACCCCUAACCCAGACGAAUCAGGUGAUGAUCCAGUUACAUUUUUAACUAAACAAUUUUCUAAUUUUUUGAAACAGAUAUCUCAGAAGAAUUCACAAAACAAAAAAUUUCAAAAAGGAGCAAGCUCAAACAUGUCGAAAACUGAUACAAAAACUAGCAUGUCAAAGUCAAAACCUACUGCCUCACGUCCAGCCCGCUCCAGGGAAAAAUCAAACAACAAAGGAAUAAAAUGUUACGAGUGUGAGGGCUUUGGUCAUGUUCAAGCUGAAUGUCCAACUUAUCUUAGGCGAAAGAAGUCCAUGACAGCCACAACUUGGAGUGAUGAUGAACCUGAAUCAGAAAAUGCUGAAUCUGACGCAGAAGAAAUGUUUGGCAAUCUUGUAGCCUUUGCAGCCAAGAGUACGAUAUGCUCUGAACCUGUAGAUGCAUCUGAUACAGAAGGUGGUGAUUACAACUCGGCAGAAGAUCUUGACAUACCAGAUAUAUCUUAUGAAGUAGAGUUUAAUAAACUGUAUCCAAAAUGGGAAGCAUUACUUAAAACAUAUCGUGUAGUGUCUAGUGAAGUUAGAGUUUUGAAAAAUGCUGUAAAUGUGUUCAAAGGUCAAGUUGCAGACAGGGAUGCCUUAAUUAAAGACUACACUGACCGAGAAGAAAAACUGCAACAGGAAAUCAAGAGACUGACGCUGGAACUAAACACAUAUAUAAAGAGAAUCCAAAUGAUGGAUACCACAUCAACUCUUGAAGAAAUCCUUGAUUCAGGGCGGCAAUCCUCUGCAAGAUUUGGUAUUGGAUUCACUGGAGAAACCAGCAAAGACAAAACUACAUUUGUCAAGGCAUCACAUUCAGAAAUUGCUCCUGAGUCAAGCAAAGCUAAAGACUAUCGUGAAUCAGUUCCUAUUUCAGGCUCAGCAAAACAACCACGAGGUUACGUGGACACAUCAGACCUGAGUGUUAUUACUUCUACAAAGAACAAAGGGCCGAAAAACAUAGCCAUAAGUAGGGAUGAAAAAUGGUACUUCGACAGCGGUUGCUCACGUCACAUGACUGGAAACGCAAAAUCUCUAAGUGACAUAAACACAAGCAACGGUGAAGUAACUUUUGGUGAUGGAGUCAAAGGACAAGUAACCGGAGUAGGUACUCUAAAUGUUGCAGGUCUACCGAAGUUGAAAAAGGUGCUACUGGUAAACGGACUCCAUGCCAACCUCAUAAGCAUUAGCCAACUUUGCGACCAAAACUGGAAUGUUAGCUUCACCAAAGACAACUGCAGUGUUAUGGAUAAUGAAAAACAAUGUGUUAUGGAAGGUUCAUGUGGUAAAAGAUUUCGUAAAAAGCAAAAAGGAACUAUUAUGGAGCUGUUCUCUCUCUUUUCAUCGUCAAGCAAAAGUUAUAUGGUAUUAGUUAUUGGAUUCUCUUUAUAUGGUUUCUCUUAUUGGCUUUAA